UUCCCCACCGAGAGGAUGGAGUUGUUGUUUGUGAGGAUUAUUCUUUGUUUCGCUUUAAUUUUGGUACAUUGUAAAAUGUACAGUUUAGCCACAACAGAGCACGAUAGUAAAAUCCAUUUUCCCAACUCCGACGAAGAGCCGGUUUCGAGGUUUGGAUCUGUUGCAAAUGAAAAAGCAACUAAUUCGACAUGCACGCCAGGUUCGAAUAAUAAACCUUCGAAAAAGGGAUUCUAUAUUUACGAUGCCGAUGCGAAAGAGUGGGUUGUAACCAUACUGAGAUUUCCUUCCCGAGAUCAAGACUGUUCACACCCGGAACUCGAGAACGCUUCGGCAGAUGAAGGUAAACGAAUAAUUGAUCUAGGAUUCCCGGUUUCAUCUUCAUCGGUAUCGAAAAGGGGACUGUACAUUUACGAUACAGACUCGCAGCAGUGGACAAUGAGUGCUCUCAAAUUACCUACGGCAGGAGAUAAUACUCAAUCCGGUGGCGGAGUGAAGGCCGCAUCGAAUGAUCGCACGAAAAGCGCUAGAACCGAUGGCUCCAAGCAAUUGAAGGUUUAUAAUCGUGAUUCUGGAACAUGGGAUUCUGUGGUAGUGUCUUUUUGAUAUUAGUGUAGUGCUAGUAGUUAUUUUGAUUGAAUUAGUGACGUGAGAAUUAUUUUUAAUAUCUUAGAAUCUUGUAUGCAAUAGAUUACAAAACAAAACUUUACCUCGGAAAUAGAAAUAAUUAGAUAUAA